UUAUAAUCGAAUUAAAACGAAAAAGAUAAUUUUAUGACGUCAUGAAAUGCUUUAUAAUAUCUAUAGUUGGUAUGCACUGUGGAAUACGCAGUGCACCAAGUGGAUAUGAUAACCGAUAAAGAUAAUAAAUAAUAAUAAUAAAAUGCUCUCUUAGGACUACAAGACGUAUUUGAAAUGUAGUAAAAAAUGACGAUUGUUAAUUUUUUUUUUUAAAUUACAUAUUAACAUAACUUUAAAAAUCAAAUUAUUGUCUUAAAUCAUUAGACGUGAAUUAAUAACGUAAAAUGACUCGACCAUUUGAAUUGAGUUGGUCUGUAGUUAACACUGCUAACAGGUCGAUUUGCGCGGAAAAUAAAGCAACAUUCUAACGUGUGUUUACUUGAAGUGUUUAUUAUUGUUAUUUAUGUUUUUAUAAUAUUUACCUUAUUCAAAUAUGUCAUUAAACGAGUGGACCGUGUAAUGGACGAGCGACUUGCAAUGAAGAAAAUACCAUCGCCGAGCCAUUGCUCGAAUUAUUCAAUGAGGCGUCUGCCUCACGACCGUCAUUGACAAAACCAUGUUCAUUCGUUUAGCAUGUUGCCGUCUAUUGAGACACCGAAAGUUGAUCUACAUUUCUAUAUUCAUCUCAUUUCUGCUGUCCUUUGUUUACGUAGUUGUUCUGCCACACGGCUUUGCGAUCCUCCAGAAACCUCCUUCUAAAAUUCAAGAUGUCUGUCAGUAUGUUAUUCCUAAAGACAGCCCGACAGUUCCAACAAACUCUCGAUGCACAUUCUACGAUUGUUUCAAUAUAUACAGGUGUGGCCAUAAGUUUAAUGGUGAUUUUAAAGUUUAUGUUUAUCCGAUGGCCAGACAUGUUGACGAGGAUUUCAUACCCAUCGGGGGUAAAAUGUCCAAAGAAUAUCAUACUAUAUUGAGUGCAAUAGUAGAGAGCCAGUACUAUACGACAAAUCCAGAAGAAGCGUGUGUUUUUGUGUCAUCAAUUGAUACAUUAAAUCAAAACCGGUUUCGAGUGAAAGAAACAUCACAGGCUCUCGCAUUAUUACCACAUUGGAAUGAUGGUCAGAACCAUUUAAUAUUUAAUAUGGUGCCAGGAACAGCACCAGACUAUAAAACUGUUGUUGAUUUAUCAAUUGGUAAAUCAAUGGUUGCUGGUGCAGGUUUUGAUUCUUGGACGUAUAGAUCAUCUUUUGAUAUUUCAAUAGCAAUUUACAGCAAUUUAGCAAUUUCUUUAAGUAAUAACUAUACCUUUAAACACAGGACAACAUUUAUCAGCACAGUUCAAACAAAUCUUCAUAAUGAUUUCAUCACUUCUUUGAAAUCAAUUGAAAAACAAAAGUCAAUGACACAGAAUAUAACAAUGUCAAUGAUUAGAGUUAUAGAACCUUGCUCACAUAGUGGACAUGACAGAACAAUAAUUUGCCAUGAAAACAUUACUUAUAACUAUGCAGACAUACUUGCUGACAGUGUAUUCUGUUUGAUAUUGCCUGGCCCACGGCUAAUGGAUAUGGUUUUUAUUGAUUCAUUGGCAGCUGGAUGUAUACCAAUAGUAGCUAUUAAUCAUGUUGUAUUACCAUUUUUUGAAGUUAUAGACUGGAAAAGAGCUGUAAUUAUGUGGAGUGAAACUGAAUUAAAUACUUUACUAGACGUAGUUUCUGGUAUUCCAUUGGACCGACGGAAAGAAAUGUCAGCUCAAGGCCGUUGGCUAUAUCAGACAUAUUUAUCUUCGUUGAAAAUAAUUACCAUGACUACUCUUAAGAUAUUAAGCCAAAGACUGCAUCCACAUAGCUCAGAUUUUUAUGAAAAUUGGAAUUUAAGACCACAUCCUGUAUCUGCCAGAAAUCCAUUAUUCCUACCAUAUAUGUCAGAUUCUUCAGGAUUCACAGCGAUAAUAUUAUCCUACGAUAGAAUAGAUAGUUUGUUUACACUAAUAAAUAUGAUCAGUAAGGCGCCAAGUCUGCAAAAGAUUAUUGUUGUCUGGAAUAAUCAAUUAAAAUCCCCACCACCUUUUUCAGUGUGGCCAAAAAUUGAUGUAUCUCUAAAGGUUGUUCAAACAACAGCAAACAAACUAUCAAAUCGAUUUUUCCCUUACAAGGAAAUUGAAACAGAAGCAGUUUUAUCUUUGGACGAUGAUAUACUUAUGUUGACUUUAGAUGAAAUUGAAUUUGGAUUUCAGGUUUGGAAAGAAUUUCCUGAUCAUAUUGUAGGUUUUCCGUCCAGAACUCAUAUAUGGAAUAACAAAACUAAUACUUGGAAGUAUGAAUCAGAAUGGAAGAAUGAAAUAUCUAUGGUGUUGACCGGGGCAGCAUUUUACCAUAAAUAUUGGAAUCAAGCUUAUACAUAUAUCAUGCCUAAUAAUAUCAAACAAUGGGUAGAUGAACAUAUGAACUGUGAAGACAUUGCAAUGAACUUUUUAGUGUCCAACACUACAAACAAAGCUCCAAUUAAAGUAACUCCUAAAAAGAAGUUUAAGUGUCCACAAUGUACAAACACUGAAAUGUUAUCAGCUGACCAAGGACACAUGGCUACAAGAACAUCAUGUGUGAACAUGUUUGCCACUAUUUAUGGUAGAAUGCCGUUAAAGACUGUAGAGUAUAGAGUUGAUCCUGUUCUGUACAAAGAUGUAUUUCCAACAAAAUUGAAGAGGUAUAACAAUGUUGGAGAAUUGUGAUCAUAUUGUGCUAUAUUUACUUAUAUGAAGACUUAUGAUCAAAACCUGUGACAUUCAUAACUUUAAGUUUUUUAUUUUUCUUCAUUUUUCUCCAUCAGCAUUUUAAAGUCAAUCUGUAAUGUAUUAAGUGUUUAUUAUAAUACUUUGUUCAAAAUAAAAACAACGCAUAUGAUGGCCGAAUUGUGUGCAAGGGUAUGGCAAUACUUCACAGCAGGUAUAUAUAUUGGUGACUCUGAGGGGAUGAUAUACGAGUGUUACCUAUCUGCCACCAAAAAAACCUGGUCGCCCCGUAUGCGUUUCUUAUUUUGAGCAGAAUAUUAUAUAUUUUAUUAAUAAAUUCAAUUGAUCAGCAAUAGAUAUUAUUUUAAAUGAGUAAUUGAAUUUAUUUGAAUUAUAUAUAUUUUUGUGUUUUAAUUUUAAUGAGCUUAGCAUUUAUAGACUUAUGUUACCAUCAAGUUUUUAUUUUAUUGAUAUUCACAAUUUUUUUUAUUUAAAAGAAAUAAGUAGCCUUAGUCUCUUCAUUGGUUGUGUCAUUGAAAUAAUUCACUUGUUACUUUUUUAAAUGUUUUUGGUGUAUAUAUUUUUUUUUUUGUAUAUCAUUGUAAGUCCUGCCUCAAUUAUUCAGCCAUCACUAGAUUGUUUUCCUAUUUUAUACAUGUUAUUUAGAUAAUUAAUUGUUUUAAUUAGUUCUUGACGAACUGUGUUAUUUUUAAUAAGCAUAAACAUGUAAUUAUGUAUGAAUCAAAUAAGAACAAUUUAUGUAAUAAAUAAUUUAAUAUAAUAAUUAUAAAAUUGCCAUUCCAUGUAAACAUUGUAAACUAUCACAAACUUGAAAAAGUGUACUUGUACAGGUUUAAAAUAUUUAUAAUUAGGCUAUUAUUGUUUUAAAUUUUUUUAUUUAUGUAUUAUAUUGUUGAAUAAUUUGUAAACAAGAUUAAAGAUUGGCCAUAAGAUAUACAUUAUAAUAUAUUUUAGCAAACAAUUUAAGUUAUAGUUCAAUACAGAAUGCAAUUGUUUUUUGUGUUAUUGAAUUAUCUACAAUAAUUUAAUUGAUUUUUAAUUGACAGUGUUUGUAUAAAUUAUUAGUCAAUAUUUUCCAACAAUUUUAAAUUAUUAUAAUUAUUAAUUUACAAUCCUAGAACAAACUAGAAGUUAAAUAAUAGUUUGACUAAACCAUUCAUAUUAAUAGUUGUGAGAUAGUAAAGACUCAAAUAAAAAGUCAGCCACUA